AUUUCACGGCACGAACAGGGCUGUCUUUGGACCAGUGCGAGCCGGAGACGCGGCAAACGAACCCGGCGCUCCUCCUGGUACAAGACGCGAAGUGAGAGACAGGUAACCGCGAGAGUGGAGGCUGCCUAUGACGUCAGGAGCUUUUCUAAAACUCAUCCCUAGCCCGAAUCAGAAGCUAAACGGGGAACUACCACAGCCGUUCUGUGCUUAGUACAAUCCCCUCGUUUGAGACAACACACUUGAGUGAACACUUGAGUCCGCUCUAUGUAGGCGUGGUUCUCCGAAUAUCCCGUCCAUCCGUGCUCCAUUCGAGCGAGCCUUUAACGAGGACGCGCGCACAUUCUCAGGGAAGGCGAGGGAAGCCCAUUGGUCUCCCUAACAACGCCAGUGCCAGGCUGAGUCACUGUUGAGGAGUGGGAAGAUCUAGAGAGAGAGAGGGAGAGAGAGACAGCAUCACUGCGAGAGAGCGGGCGAGAGAGAAAAGCAACGGAAGGAGGGGAAAAACCUCUACACAACGCCUUUGAGAGCAGAGCGAGCGAGAGAGAGGCAGCCAGUGAGCAGAAACGCCAGAGAGAGAGAGAGAGCAGCAUUGAGGGAGGGAGACGCUGACCCCCCCUCUCUCCUCUCUCCUCCGUUCCCCGCUCAUCACUCCUUCAGGAGCUGGUGUGUAGGAGCGCCGAGUUCAGAGUGACCGUGGCAACAUGAACGAUGUCACUAUCGUUAAAGAAGGCUGGGUACAGAAAAGGGGUGAAUAUAUUAAGAAUUGGAGACCUCGCUACUUCCUUCUUAAAACCGAUGGAUCCUUUAUUGGAUACAAGGAAAAGCCACAAGAUGCAGAUCUACCCUACCCACUUAAUAACUUCUCUGUUGCAAAAUGCCAGCUGAUGAAAACCGAACGACCAAAGCCGAAUACAUUCAUUAUUAGAUGCCUACAGUGGACUACAGUCAUAGAGAGAACCUUCCAUGUGGACAGUCCAGAAGAAAGGGAUGAGUGGGCAGAGGCGAUUCAGAUGGUGGCAGAUAAACUCCAAAAACAAGAGGAGGAACGUAUCCAGUGUAGUCCCACCUCACAGAUAGACAACAUGGGAGAGGAGAUGGACACGUCUAUUAGUCACCAUAAACGCAAGACAAUGAGUGACUUCGACUACUUAAAAUUAUUGGGGAAAGGCACUUUCGGUAAAGUCAUUCUCGUAAGGGAGAAGGCCAGCGGGAAAUAUUAUGCAAUGAAGAUUUUAAAGAAGGAGGUUAUUAUAGCAAAGGAUGAAGUGGCCCACACGCUCACAGAAAGCAGAGUGCUGAAAAAUACGAGACAUCCUUUUUUAACCUCUUUGAAGUACUCAUUCCAAACGAAAGAUCGCCUAUGCUUUGUGAUGGAGUACGUCAAUGGAGGAGAGCUGUUUUUCCAUUUGUCGAGAGAACGGGUGUUCUCCGAGGACCGCACGCGCUUCUACGGCGCCGAGAUCGUUUCCGCCCUCGACUACCUGCACUCUGCCAAGAUAGUGUACCGGGAUCUCAAGCUGGAGAAUUUAAUGCUUGAUAAAGAUGGUCACAUCAAAAUUACAGACUUUGGCCUCUGCAAGGAAGGAAUCACUGAUGCUGCUACCAUGAAGACUUUCUGUGGUACACCAGAGUAUCUGGCACCAGAGGUGCUGGAGGACAAUGAUUAUGGGCGUGCGGUGGACUGGUGGGGUCUGGGUGUUGUCAUGUAUGAGAUGAUGUGCGGCCGACUGCCCUUUUACAAUCAGGACCAUGAAAAGCUUUUCGAGCUAAUUCUAAUGGAGGACAUCAAGUUUCCCAGGACGUUGUCUGCUGAUGCCAAGUCCUUGCUGUCAGGCCUGCUCAUAAAAGACCCUAACAAGAGACUUGGUGGCGGUCCGGAUGAUGCUAAGGAAAUUAUGCGGCAUAGUUUUUUUGUUGGAAUCAACUGGCAGGAUGUCUAUGAUAAAAAGCUGGUACCUCCCUUCAAGCCUCAGGUGUCCUCAGAGACAGAUACCAGAUACUUUGAUGAAGAGUUCACAGCUCAGACAAUUACAAUAACCCCUCCUGAAAAAUUUGAUGAAGAUGGGAUGGACUGCAUGGAUAACGAGCGAAGGCCACAUUUCCCCCAGUUCUCUUAUUCGGCCAGCGGGAGAGAGUGAACGCCGCGCGGUCCGCACUGCCUCAUCUCAUCAAGGUCACCACUGGAACAAAUGAGGUCUUCUAACAGCCCCAGCUCUACCCACACACCAUCAUUCAUCUUGGUCCUUUCAUUUGUUUAGCUAGACCAACGGAAACUCUUCUGGUUUAGGGUUACGGGAAUUUGCACGUUGGGUCGGACCGAGCUCCUACCCGUCCUCGAAGCUCCAGCCCAAAGGUUGGGAGAUGAUGGGAGAACUUUUGCUGUUUGUUAAGAAUUUGUUUACUUUUUCUCUUUGUCGUGUCUCUUCAUUCAUUGACAAAUAGACUCAAAGUGUUCGGUUUGUAUGAAAAAACUGCAUGGCUAGAGAUUCACAUGGGUUUACGACCACAUCUCUCGGGUACAUUCUGUAGUACAAUGACAGCUGCUUUGAUAUUACUGUUCUUAAGGUUCACCUUCUGUUAUAUAUAAAGUCAAAACUGCCAUAUACAGGUAACUCAGGCUUUACAGAGUACAUCUGUGACAGGACUAGCUUUACCCCACAUACCACACACCCGUACACCCUGCCUCAAAAAAUUCACACAAUUCAAUACUAAAGCCCUGUGAACCUGAGCUAUGCAGCACCAAACCACCACUAAGAAUCUCAUACAACAUUUGUAUGUGUUGGGAAGAGCCUGCUUUUCCUCUUAAAUAUAUAUAUAAAGGCUUUAUUUCUGACAUAUCAGUCCCGUUGGAAAUGGAAUGACGCUUUUGACUCGUCGAUAAUGUUUUAUCCAGUGCUACCGGCCUGUACGAGGUUUUGUAUGUAGCUGGACCACUUGUGAUAUUCACAGACGGUGAAUACGAUCGCAUCCAACUACUAGCCAAAACGGUUUUAGGAACAGUGUGUGAAAUCCCUUCCACUCAAUCUUUAUAAGUAUCAAAACCCAGCAUUAAUAGAGAGAAUGGCAGGGAAAGCACUACUAUACUGUUUUAUAAAGAGAAAAAAAAUGUGAUUGAAAUAUUAUAUAUUUAUUUUUUGUUUGUCCUUAAGAGUGCUUUCAAAGUCUCUCUUUUAAAAAGGCUUACGAAUGUACACAGAUAGCCUUCUUUUGUUUUUAUUACUUGGAUUUACUUCCUUUUGUCACACAAGUGUGGUAUUGUUAAGUUUUUAAUCCUCAACAUUGUGAGAAUUAUUGUUGGUCGUCUUUCCACCAAUGAAAGGGCUGCAAAAGACUAUGCUCCCAGCAGUAAACUAAACCAAUUCCAAUGGCUUGUUUGGUUGUAUGCUACUGUAUGUUAAUGUGUGUUAAAGAAGCAAGCCACUGUCUUCUGCAUGUCCAUUUGAACAGAACGCAGAUCAUUCGUGACCAUGUUUCCCAAUACAUUCAAGAGCUGCGAUGCUUUGCGAGAUUAAACCUGUCGUCUUCACGUUCCUUCGCAAACCGAAUCUGUCCAGGUGGUGGGAUCCCAGAUCGGUUAACCAAUCAGAUAUAAGCAUAAAACCCCUAAAAAUACGCUGGAAAAACUCAAAUGUUUAUUUAAUGUGUUUGGUUGCAGACCCUCGGAUGACGCUUGAUCAAGUAGUUCAGACAGUAGAGGAGAGUACUGAAUGAUUUCAGUCUUUGUAAAUCUCCUAAAGGGAAAAGAAAUAAUGCAGCACAAUUGCUGAUCUCUCAGUAUUGGUGUUUGGCAAUAAAACCAACAUUUGUUUUCUAAAGCAGAGAUGCUCUUGUGCAUGUUGCUAUUGCUUCGGGUUUGAGCACAUUCAUUUUUCAGGCUGUGCGUGCCGGUUGCUUUUUCGCUCAAGAUAUUAAUGUGGGUGUCGAUGUAAUGUGGACAGGAAUGACCAAAACCGCUUUUAUUUUUAUGUGGCAUGUUUUAAAGUAAGGUGGUGAGCACAUACAGUACUGUAUGUAUUGAGAUGGGAAAGUAUGAUUGUUUUGGGAUAGGGACAGGGCCACAUGCAAUCUGCUAUCGCAAAGAAAUAAUUAUACAAUUAUUAUUUUAUUAAUUAUAAAAUUUUUGUCUUAUUUGCUCACCAUCAUGUUUGUUCUUCUGAACCAAAUUUUGAACCAAAAAGUGUCUUUUUAGUUUACCAUGGGAAUGGAUAGCCACUGCCUCUUCUAGAGCUUCAAAAAGUAAAACACAUAAGUGUCAUUACAUACAUCCAUGUGACUUGUGCUGCAUAUUUUAAAGUAUUCUGAAGGCAUAUGAUUGGCUUUAAGUGAAAAACUAAUUAAAUAAUAGAUUAUAUUUUAAAGUCUUGACCUGUUUCUCUCCGUCCUAAUUCCAACACAGUCUCAUGGAGUUGCGUAUAAAUGGUACAAAGUGCGAAAAUCGUGCAAUACAUAUGCCAAAUUCCCAUUUGCGUGCAUAUGAUACGCAAGUCGUUCCCAUUGACUUAAACGGCGCAUCAUUUUUAAAUUGGUUUCUCUUUUUUUCUGUUUUUUUUAGGGUUAGAUUUGGGGUUGGGGUUAGGAUGUCAUUUUUAUGUAACAAAAAGUUGUCAUAACCCUAAACCCAAAUGAUAAUGGUUAAAAAAUAGCAACAAAAAAAAAAAUGGAGAAACCAAUAUAUAAAACUACAAAAUAAGAUGCGACAUUUAAGUCAAUGGGAAGAACAUCAUAUGCACACCAAAUGGGAUUUUGACGUAUGUAUUGCACGAUUUUCACACUUCGUGCCAUUUAUACGCAACUCCGUGAGACUGUGUUGUCGACAGCUUAGGACGUUUACUUUAAAAUAAUGUGUAACAGCCAAAACAACAGCAAUAUCCACAACAGGACAGUAAAGAUGUAUAAAUUGUUUGCGUACAGUAUGCUCUUGCAUGAAGAGAAGAGCAAAACGGUCAAGAUAUUCCUAAAAUAUUGGAUAUUUAUUCUUCCCAUGCCUUCAGAACACUUAAAAUACCCAAAUGAUUCACAUCGAGUUAUUUAUUCAAAUAAUAAAAAAUAUAUGUUCACAAAUAUUUAGAAAACAUUUAGUUCACAAUGCAUCCCAUGUGGGUUUAUACAUCCUGCAAGAAGUUUUUACCAAAAAAAAGGCAGCAGAUUGCAUGUGGUCCUAGACAUGAUGUAAGAACGCAAAAUAAUCUGAGAUUUAAGCGCUUAUAUGUGCCAUGGGAAUAAGAAGAGAGGUUGUGAUGGAUUUGGGACUGUAGAAGAAAAAUGUCUAAACUUGGGUUUCUUGCAUGUGUGUUAAGGUUGCCGGAUUGUCGUGGAUCCGAUUAUGGUUUGCUAAGGAAAAAAUUGUGAACGUGUCCGUCAAUAUUUCUUUUGCCGAAUAAUGUGCUUCAUUCCGCUUAAAACCUAAUGCUUGUGUUGUGUGAGCAUUGUGAAUCUUCAGACAGUGUAAUGUGAGAUGCCAUCUUGAGGAUAUUCCUGCAUUCAAACUGUGAUGUCUAACUCAAUAAUGUUUUCUGACAGCACAGCACAGCAGUGGUGCUGCCAGCAGAUUAGCUGUUUAUGUCACGCUUUGUCUUCCAACUUUUCCUUCAAAUCAUUCCUUGUUUUUUUUUCCAAUUCUUUAAUUGAACAAAAGGACAGACAUUAAUAGAACUACAGCACCUGAUUUCAUUUAAUUGGCUUAAACGGCUGACGAUUUCAGUGUUUUGUUUGUUUUUUAUUAUUUUUAUUUAACACAGAGAAUAACUUGAAUAUUCGUGAGUAUUGUUUUACUUUUUUUUUGUAAGAUUAUAAUGAAUAAGGAGAUUAAAGCACUCGUGUAUUUUAUUUUAUUUAGGUUAAACUGCUUUUUUUUAAAGCAACUGAUUUGUGCUUGUAUGGACACAUUGGGAUUCAUUCAGCCAUACUGUGAUGUUCAUUCAUUUCAUUAACUUUAAUAUGCACUUGUGAAGGACCAAUGAGUCCUGAACGUUUCCUCAAGACAUCAGAAGGCAGAGGUGAUGUUCAUUGGGACGGUACCUUGUACAGUACGUGAGAGACUUUUAUUCCUAUACUUUAUUUAAACAGCAGAAGGGCCUUUUGGCUUUGGCCAACUCAAUCAUACACUUUUGUAAUUCCAUAUUUUAACACUCGGCUUUAUAUCUGCCUGUAGUAGCACUUUCAUGCCCAUUGCCCUUUUUAUAUAGCUCCGCAAAAGAAAAAUGGUCACUGCUUUAAGAAAAAUAAAAGAAAAUACUUGAAAGCACAGAUUCGUCCCAUGCUAUUUUAAUUUAAUUGAGAGAGAUUGUACUCUGUAACAAGUAAAGGUACGGAUGUGGCAGGAGACACAGACAAAUGUUUUCCAAGAUUUCCUAGCGCUAGUCAUGUAGAAAAGUUGAGCCAGUUUCAGAGGAAAAUAAAAAGGACAAACGCUCACUCGUAAAUCGACCUCAAGGUUAUUAUUCCGAAUACCGAACUAGUGUGAGGACGGGACCCACGGAGACAUGGGCAGCAUGGACUCCAUCCCUCCUGACUGCACCUCAGUGUGCAAACUGCUGCUAUUGUGUGUACUGUCUACAACUGAAUUUCUCUAUAUCGCGCUCCUGGUAGUGUUAUGUAUGAAUGAGCAUGAAUUGUAUAGUAUUUAUUUAAAAACAACAAAAGAUGAAUCUAAAAAAAGGAAAAAUAUUAAUUUUAUGUUCUUGUAGCUUUAGAGUUUGUGACAUUUCUUGACCUUGCUAGCUCUGUUAUUAGAUCCAUGUUAAGAACUAGUCAUGUGGUUAAGAAUUUUACACAGAAGGGAUUAAAAAUAUUAUAAACUGUAUUACUGUCCAUCAUGUUUAAUAAAAAAAAAAAAAUAUUUCUGGAAUAUAGGGCCUAUGGGGACGCGAAGAGCUGCAAGAAACUGUUUUUGUACACUGUACAUCCUAGUAUUUUUACACGUAAAUGUAUAUGAUAGGGAUGCACAUUAUUUUCCUUCUUACAGACUGCUUAAAUAAAGCACCAUGUCAAUCUG